AUGGCUGGAUCUGGAGGAGGAGAACUCCGAGCGCCAAUCUUCAAUGGCGAGAAUUUUGAUUUCUGGCAAAUCAAAAUGAAGACCAUCUUUCGCUCGUACGAACUGUGGAAUAUGGUUGAGAGUGGGUACAGAGCUCCGGUGAAGAAGGAGGAACUCACAGAGGCAGAGAGGAAGCUGCUGCGAGAGAAUGUGGUUAAGGAUGCUAGAGCACUGGGUAUUAUUCAAGGUGCCGUUUCAGAUCAAAUUUUUCUGAGGAUUGUAACUCAGGAAAGUGUGAAGGCUGCUAUUGCAGCUGUGAUAGAGAAUACUAAGGAUUUAGACACCAUAGAUGCACAGGAUGUUGUAGCUAUUUUGAAGGGGUAUGAACAAAGGUUGGAUAGACAUGAAGAGAGUAGUAUGGAGAAAGCAUUUGCUAGUUUGAAAUUUCCCCGAAGUUUAAUAAGUUCAAUGGCCAGCCAAACAGUAACAAAAUACCACAAGAAUUUUAAGCCAAAAGAGAAACAAUGGAGUAAAAAGGGUGAUUGGAGUAAUAAGGUUGGAUUCACUGUGAAGAAUGAGGCAAACAAUACUGGGGAUAAGUGUAAAUUCUGUGAUAGACUUCACUAUGGAGAGUGUUGGGUUAAAAACAAGGUCAAGUGUCACAAGUGCAACAAAAUUGGGCAUAUUGCAAGGUACUGUAAUGCGAACAAGACUGUGCAACAGGUGAACUUUGCUAAUCAGGUUGAUGAAACUGGAAAUCUAUUUUAUACAAAUCAUUCUGGAGAAGUGAAGAAGAUAAGUGAUAAAUGGUACAUAGAUAGUGGUUGUAGUAACCAUAUGACAUCCAGAAAAGACUUACUUGUUGAUAUUGACAAAGGAGUGAAAGCCAAGGUCCAAGUUGGCACUGGAGUCUUGGUUGAAGUUGAAGGGAAGGGAACACUGAUCAUUGAAACAAUAAAGGGUCGAAGAUAUAUAAAGGAAGUUAUGCUUGUACCUGGUCUUGCAGAAAAUUUGCUAAGUGUGGGACAGAUGACUGAGCACGGUUACUUUCUUUUAUUUGGAGAUUAUAAAGUGGAUGUGUUCAAUGAUAAAUCUUUACAGAACUUGGUGGUCAGUGUGAAGCAGAAAGGAAAUAGAUGUUUUCCUUUAAUUCUUAACACAAACAAGGAGCUUGCAUUGAGGACAAAUGUGUAG